AUGUUUAAAAAAAGUAAAGAUCAAGAAGAAUUAUCUUCUAGUUCAAAUACAGAACAAGUAUCAGAUACAGAACAAGUAUCAAAUACAGAACAAAUAUUAGAUAUAAAACAAGUAUCAGAUACAGAACAAUUAAAAAAAGAAGUAGUUGAAAAUAAAGUUGUAUUAUUUUGUACAAUAUGUAGAGAAAGAAAUGAAAAGACAGUAUUUGCAGUAGGUACAACAAAAUAUCGAUUAGAAAGUAUUAAAAAUCAUAUAAAAACAACUGAGCACAAAAAAUCCGAAAAUCUUUUUAAACUGCAACAAACAAAAAUUAUUACUAAUUUUGCAAAGCAAUUGGGUAUCGAUAAAUUAAAUAUUAUAUCGCUUAUGAGAAAUGUUUAUUUUUGUGCUAAAAAUCAUCAACCUAUCAAUUUGUUUUCUAAUUUAUGUGAAUUAGUUACAACUCAAAUUCAUAAUCAUAAAGAAUAUAUUACUUCAGAUAGAGUAUAUAUUCUUAAAACACCACAAUAUGAAAAAAAUAAAGCCAAAGCAUCAUAUGGUAGUUAUAUGAAUAACAAUUCAGGAAACAGAUUUUUAGAUAGUAUUUGUAAUAUUAUUGAAGAAGAUGACAAACAUUUAGCAAUUGAAACUAAUGCCCUUUAUAUUUUUACUCAAUUAAAAUCAUUUUUCGAAUCAAAAAAUUUAAAUUUUAAUUCUUUAAUUUAUUUUGGUUCAGAUGGCACAUCUACUAUGUUAGGACAUCAAAGUGGAGUAUCAGCUAAAUUAAAAAAUUUGAAUCCAUUUAUAUUAUCAAAUCAUUGUAUAGCACAUCAUUUAUAUUUAGCUGGCAAAGAUGCUUCCUUAAAAGAUAUAAAUGAUGAACCAAAUCUAGAAUUACAAAAUCAUAUUAAAACUAGAUGGCUUUUAUUAUCAAAUGUUGUAGGAAAUCUUUAUCAAAUUAUUGAUUCAAUUUUAUCAACAUUAAAUAAGGAUUCAUUAAAAGGAGAAAAGGAAGCUAAAAAUUUAAUUUUAUUAUUAGAUGAGAAUUUUGUUAUAGUUACUAUGUUUUUGGCAGAUUUGACAACAAUAUUAAAAAGAUUAAUCAAUGUUUUUCAGUCUGAUUAUGUUGCACUUUCACAUCUUAAACCUCAUUUAAAAACAGCAAUUAGCUCUAUUUCUGAAAGUUUUAUUGGAAGUACUGAUAUACAACCUACAUAUGGUAUUAUUUUAUGUAAUUAUAUAGACUGUAACAGUAUUAAUCAAGAAACACUUUCUGUUUUUAUUGAAGAUUAUGCAAAGGCAAUCAUUGAAGCAUUACAAGACCGAUUUCCACAUUUUGAUUUAUAUAAUGCUUUAAGUAUAUUCGAUGUUAAAUUGUUUCCUAAAACAGAAAAACAAAUAACAACUUACAGACAAAAAGAAAUUGAAUUUUUAGGCAACUAUUAUAGAGAUAGCAGAGUAGCUAAUUAUAAUAUUUUUACAGGAAUUAUUGACAAAAAAAAAUUAUUAGAAGAAUGGAACUCAGCAAAAUUUUAUUUAAAAUCUUAUUCAGAAAGAGAUUAUAAUUUUACAGAAAUAUGA